UUCCGAUGAUGGUCGAGGAGAUCCGAUCAUAGCUAUUGCUAUCUUUAUUCAAGUUUUCACGAACUGCAGUGGAGCAGAGGUGAGGUAGCUGGUAGAAGAAUGCCGAUGAGUUGAAUUUUCUGUUGUGAAUGUGAUACGUGUUUUACUGUUUUAUUUUUGUACAUUAAUUUUUUAUUUUUCAAACAUUUUUGUGUGUAUAAUUUUUUGUUAGUCAUUUUUAUUGCACUCUCAUCUAUUUCUGUAUAAGGUGAGUGAAUAAGUAAAUAGUACAAUCAGUGAUUCGAAAUGCCAAAAAUUAAGAUCGAAUACAGCCUAGGAGCUAAAUCUCUACCGGAUUCUAAUUCGUUGUUGAUUGUCGGUAAUAUCAAGCAUUUACAAACAUUGAAAUACAAUGACAUCAAAGUCAAACUACAUCCUUUCGUUACGGAAGAAACUUUCGUUUCGGCGCUGAAUAAUCUUCGUCCUAAUCCAUCGGAUAAUUGUUCUCUGUAUUUGAAUUCAAUCUCUUUGGCUGCCUUUGCGGAUAAAGCGACUCAUUAUAAUUCUUCAGCUCAACCUCAUUUAUUGACCGAAAUCAUUAAAUCGUUUUCGAAAGGAAAACAAUUGAACAUUGUGAUAGUUUGCGAGAAAAAAGAUAUCCUCGCUUCGGGCGUUGCUGUAGCCAAAACUUUUCCAGUCUUUAGUAGAAAAACCAACAUCGAUUACAGUAAAAAAGGUCAGAACGAAAAAUCGCAAGUUUUGGUUGAAUUUUUGAUUGCUCAAGAUAGUCAAGUCGUCAAUGUAUUCAAUUCGGAAACUGUACCCGACGAUUACGUCGAAUUAAAAGCCAUUACUGAAACUUUGAGUUGUAUAGCAUACGGUGUGCAACUUGCUGCCAGAAUCGUCGACACACCUUGUAACGAAAUGAAUGUCGAUAAUUUCAUCGAAGAAAUAAAAGAUGUCGGUAAACAGCUGAAUAUCGCUCCUGUUAUCAUUCGAGGCGAGGAACUGAAAGAACGCGGUUUUGGUGGUAUUUAUGGCGUUGGUAGAGGCGCAGAUAUUCCUCCUGCUUUGGUCAUUUUAUCGUACCGUGUACCGAACGCCACUGAAAAUAUUGCCUGGGUCGGAAAAGGCAUCGUUUAUGAUACCGGCGGUUUAUGUAUUAAAGGAAGAACUUCCAUGCCUGGAAUGAAACGCGAUUGUGGUGGUGCCGCGGCCAUCCUAGGAGCGUUUUAUGCAGCUGUAAAACUAGGUUUCACACAAAAUUUACACGCUGUGUUUUGCUUGGCGGAGAACGCUGUCGGCCCUAGGGCUACUAAACCCGACGAUAUCCAUAAAUUGUACUCCGGAAAAACUGUUGAAAUCAAUAAUACAGACGCAGAAGGUAGAUUAGUGUUAGCUGAUGGUGUUGUAUAUGCUAAAUUAGACCUGAAAGCGAACACGAUUAUCGAUGUAGCGACUUUAACCGGAGCGCAAUCCGUGAGUACAGGAAAACAUCAUGCAGCUGUCAUGUCAAAUCAUCGGAAAUGGGAACAGUUAGCUGUCGAUUCUGGAUUACAAUCCGGCGAUCUCGCAUUCCCAAUAAUUUACUGUCCCGAGAUGUAUUUCAACGAAUACACCUCCGAUGUUGCUGACAUGAAGAAUUCAGUCGCCGAUCGUACAAAUGCACUAUCGUCCUGUGCCGGCCUAUUCAUGGCUGCUCAUCUUGGUUUUGACCCGAAUAUCAAUUGGGUCCAUGUUGACAUUGCGGGCGUAUCUUAUUUAGGUGAACGUGCUACAGGUUAUGGAGUAGCAUUAUUGAAUGUCAUGUUUGGAAAUUAUUCGAAAGAUGCCAACUUACAAUAUUUGUGUCCUUCGAAGGACGAGUUUAUUGCCAACUGUGAUUCUCAUCCUAGCAAGAAGAGAAAAACCUAAUUUAUUCGUAUCAUUUUAACGUUUUUACUUUCAUCACAUAUGAGUUUUUAUUCACGAAGUUUCUAAGUGUUUUAAUUUUCCUGAAUUACGGUAUUAGUAGUUACUAUGAUCUUUGUGAUUGAAGUCAUUUAAAUUAGUAUCUCAAUAAAAGAGAAUUAUUAAUGUAAACCUUUGAUGGUCGUAUUUCGAUAAGUAUAUUAAGUUGGUAUUAUAUGCCCAAGAGGCAUCACGAAUAAUUAUUUAAUACAAUAUUUUAAAAUGUU